UUACUCAGUCGUCAUCAUCACUAUGCGCCUUCAACCCCACUCUCCCGCAAAACCAAAAACUCACACAUCCUCUUUCUCUCUCUAGUAACUAGAAUCUAAUAUAUUCUCUACUCUACUCUCUCUCUCUCUCUCUCUCUCUAGAGACCUGAUUGAUUGCGAAAUAGUUACUUUAUUCCAUGUCUUAGUCUUUAAGUUUAUCGUCAACGAAGAGUCAAACCAUGGGGCACAUUAGCGAGAACAUUAAUGUCAUGGGAGCAUUCGAAGCGAUGUCGAUCGGCAGCACAAUUUUUAAUGGGGGAAACGAAGAAGACGAGGGAUCGACUAUGUCGGAAACCCAAUUGCAGCAAACCGGAAAGGAUCCGAGAAGAAUUGCGAGAGGUUACCAGAUUGAAUUAUGUCAAAAGGCUUUAAUGGAGAACAUUAUAGUGUAUUUAGAAACAGGUUGUGGCAAAACCCACAUUGCUGUUUUACUUAUUUAUGAGAUCAAACGCCAGAUGAAUAAGUCCCAAAAGGAGAUAUGCAUUUUUCUUGCUCCCACUGUGGCUCUUGUUGAACAACAAGCCAAGGUUAUAAAAGAUUCUUUAGAUGUAGAAGUUGGAAUCUAUUGUGGGAGUUCUAAUCGUUUGAAGGGUCAUCAUGAUUGGGAGAAGGAAUUGGAACAACACGAGGUCUUUGUUAUGACCCCACAAAUCUUGUUGCAUAAUUUAUCACACUGCUUCAUUAGGAUUGAGCACAUUGCCCUUCUUAUAUUUGAUGAGUGCCAUUAUGCACAAGUUGAAAGCAAUCAUCCUUAUGCUGAAAUCAUGAAGGUAUUUUACAAACCAGGUGUUGCUAAACUUCCGCGUAUAUUUGGCAUGACUGCAUCACCAAUAUUUGGAAAAGGUGCUUCAAUUGGUAGUCUUGAGACCUUACUUCAUGCCAAGGUUUAUACUGUUGAAGCUAGGGAAGAGCUAGAUCGAUUUGUGUCAUCCCCUAAAGUUAAUGUCUACUAUUAUGGCACUACCAUAAGCAAUUCAUUAAGCCCUCAUGUUACUUAUUCUGCAAGACUUGAAACAAUAAAGGCCGAGUGUAUGUUAGCUUUGAUCACGAAGAUCGAGGAUCCUUCUAUUCUUAAGAACACCAAAAAGGCACUUCAACGUCUUCAUGGAAAUCUGUUGUUUUGUCUUGAAAAUCUUGGCCUUUGGGGAGCAUUACAAGCAUGUCGGAUUUUAUUGAAAGGAGAUCUGGUUGAGAGAAAUGAAGUUAUCGAGGUAAAUGAGGAAUGUAGUGAUGAUAUUCUAUGUGGAAGUUUUCUAUCACAAGUUGCUUCAUACUUCACUUCCGAAUGCAAAAAAGAUUACCCUAUUGAAGCAAACUGCAUGGAAGCUGAUUUAUCAUCCGUGGAGGCUUUGAAAGUUCCGGAUUUCUCUUGGAAGCUCUUACGACUUAUCCAAAUUCUUUCCAAUUUUAGGGCAAUACCAGACAUGAAAUGUAUAAUAUUUGUGAAUAGAAUCAUAACCGCUAGAUCGUUAGCAUAUGUCCUUCAACAACUUAGGUUUUUGUCCGCAUGGAGGUGUAGUUACCUUGUUGGGGUCCACUCAGGGCUCAGAAAUAUUUCACGAAAAAGCACAAACGCCAUUUUAGAGAAGUUUCGUUCUGGUGAGUUGAAUUUGUUAGUAGCAACAAAAGUGGGAGAGGAAGGGCUUGAUAUCCAAACAUGUUGUCUUGUUAUAAGAUUUGAUCUUCCGGAAACCGUUGCUAGUUUUAUACAAUCAAGAGGUCGUGCACGCAUGCCACAAUCUGAAUACGCCUUUUUGGUAGAUAGGGGGAACCAAAAAGAGAUGAAUUUGAUACAGAACUUCACCAAGGAUGAAGCCAAUAUGAACAAUCAAAUAUCUUCACGAUCAUCAACUGUGAAAUAUGUUGAUUUUGAGGAGAAAACAUAUACAGUUGAUUCAACUGGUGCCACCAUUAGUUCAGGAUCUAGUGUCUCGUUACUUCACCGAUAUUGCUCCAAACUCCCACAUGAUGAAUUCUUCAACCCUAAGCCACGGCUAUAUUUCUUUGAUGACGCGGAGGGAACGGUUUGUUACAUAAUUCUUCCUGCAAAUGCCCCUAUCCACCAAAUCAUAAGUUUGCCUCAACCAUCUCGUGAAGCUGCAAAAAAAGACGCCUGUUUAAAAGCAUGCCAACAGUUGCAUCAAUUGGGUGCCUUAACCAACUACCUCUUACCCGAUGAUGAAGUUGAUGAAGACACCCAAGAUUCUUCUGAUUCUGAUUCCGAUUCCGAUGAGGAGGAUAACUCACGAAGAGAGCUCCAUGAGAUGCUUGUUCCCUCUGCUCUUCGAGAACCCUGGAUUAAAUCCAAACGUACAAUGAUUCGUCUCAACUCCUACUUUAUAAAAUUUAGCCCUUCUCCUGCUGAUAGACUUUAUAAAGAUUUUGGUCUUUUUUUAAAAGCACCAAUCCCUCAAGAGGCUGAAAGAAUGAAACUUGAUCUUCAUUUGGCUAAGGGUCGAUCUGUCUUGACGGAAAUCGUGCCAUGUGGCGCUUCCACAUUCAACAACAACGAGAUUGUGUUAGCGGAGAGGUUCCAAGAGAUGUGGCUAAAGGCGAUAGUGGACAAGUCGGAUUUUGCUUCCAAUUUUGUCCCUUUAGGAAAAGAUGAUGUCAGCAAUUCCGUCUCGACAUUCUACUUAAUGCUACCUGUGACUGUUGACCGAGGAGGAUCGAUGAGUGUUGACUGGAAGCUGAUUACAAGAUGUUUAUCAUCACCGAUUUUUAAAUCUCCACGAGAUAUUGCGUUUGAUCAACAUCAACCUUUUUGUUUGGAUGAUUGUUUGUAUCUUGCAAAUGGGCCCACACGGAUUGAUGACAUAGUGAAUAGUUUGGCUUAUGUUCCAUGCAAAGAUACGUUUUUCUUUGUCUCGGAUGUUCUUCAUGACAAGGACGCGUUCAAUCUUUUUAAAGAAGACACAAAUUAUGUUGACCACUAUGCGGAAGUAUUCGGUAUCAAAAUGUCGCACCCCAACCAACCUCUUUUAAAAGCCAAACAACUCUUUCGAUUGGACAACUUGUUGAGGAAGAGAGGGAAUGCUGAGCCACGAGAAAAGGAGGAGCAUUUCGUAGAGAUACCUCCUGAAAUAUGUGUUGUGAAAAUUCUUGGUUUUUCAAAGGACAUUGGAAGUUCAUUGUCAUUAUUGCCUUCAAUUGUACACCGAUUGGAAAGCUUUCUUGUUGCAAUUGAACUGAGGCAUAGGCUGUCUUCUUCAUUCCCAGAAGGCUCACAAGUUUCUGCAGAUCGUAUUUUUGAAGCAAUUACUACAGAGAGAUGCAAUGAACGGUUUUCUCUUGAAAGACUUGAAGUGUUAGGUGAUGCGUUUCUCAAAUUUGCAGUUGGUAGACACCUCUUUUUGUUGAAUCAUGCCCUUGAUGAAGGACAACUUACAAGAAAACGUUCCAAUAUGGUUAACAAUUCUCAUUUAUUCAAGCUUGCAUUAUCCAACAAUCUGCAUGUUUACGUACGUGAUCAACCAUUCGAGCCUUUCCAUUUCUACCCUUUGGGUCGAAGAUGUUCGAAAAUAUGCACAGAAGCCACAAGAGUCAGCAUCCAUUCUUCACAUGAGAGCAAUUUAACCACAGGUGUAACCACUGAAGUUAGAUGCAAUAAAGGUCAUCAUUGGUUACAAAAGAAAACCGUUGCAGAUGUUGUGGAAGCUCUUGUUGGAGCUUUUAUAGUUGAUAGUGGUUUUAAAGCUGCAAUUGCUUUUCUUAAGUGGAUUGGUAUCCCAGUGGACUUCAAAGACUCUCAUGUUGCUGAUAUUUGUGCUUCCAGUGCUAUCUUUACUGCACUCAGUGACCAAAUUGACAUUCCUACCCUUGAAAGUCUUUUAGGGUAUCGCUUUCAUCAUAAAGGUCUUCUCUUACAGGCCUUCUUACAUCCAUCUUACCAUAACAAUUACGGUGGUUGCUAUCAGAGAUUGGAGUUUCUUGGAGAUGCUGUAUUGGAUUACUUGAUCACCUCUUAUCUUUAUUCGGUAUACCCAAACUUGAAACCCGGUCAACUCACCGAUUUAAGAUCCCUUUCAGUCAACAAUAAUUCAUUUGCGGGUAUUGCUGUAAAUCGAUCUUUCUACACAUAUAUGCUAUGUGAUUCCAAUAGUCUUGUCAUGUCUGUGGAUAAAUAUGCCAAAUUUUUCAAGACUUCUGCAUCAAAAAACGGUGUAGUAGAAACCGUUUCAUGUCCUAAGGCUCUUGGUGAUUUGGUGGAGUCUUGUGUUGGAGCCAUUCUACUUGAUUCAGGGUUUGAUUUGGAUGUGGUUUGGAACAUAAUGAUCUCGUUUCUUGAUCCUGUGAUGAAAUUUUCCGCCUUGCAGCUUAAUCCCGUUAGAGAACUUCAAGAACUUUGUCAAUAUUAUAAUUGGGAAUUGACGUUUCCGUCCCUAAAGAAAGACGGGGCGUUUACGGUUGAAGCAAUCGUUGAUGGAAUUGGAGUUAGUGACACUGCUUCUGCUACAAAUUUUAAUAAAAAAACCGCCAAGAGAAUCGCGUGUCAGAAACUGUAUUUGUCGUUGAAGGACAAAGGUUAUAAGACGAAAGUGAAGUCGUUAGAGGAAAUCUUGAAAUCGAGUAAAAAAAUGGAGGCGAAACUGAUUGGAUACGAUGAAAUCCCGACAGAUAUUGAUGUUUCACGUGCCAAUCAAGCUGUGGACUUGAACUCGGAUAAAGUUAGGAAUAUUCCCAUAGAAGGGCAUUCUCGUCAUUUAAAUUCUUCAGUUAAAAGCAGUAGCAGUAUUAGACGGUUGUCACAGCCCACGCCUCAAAGAAGCCCUUCAUCCUCAGACGUCAGUGAUAGCAAUUCACAAGCUCCUUCAGGUGACGGGGUGAAGAAAUCAUCGGCAAAAUCACAUUUAUACGAAAUUUGUGCUAUCAACUGUUGGAAACCACCUUUGUUUGAAUGUUUCCAAGAAAUGGGACCCGCCCACCUCAAACAGUUUGCAUUCAAAGUGACAGUGAUAAUUGAAGAAGCCUCUAAUACAGUCUUGGAGUGUGUAGGAGAUCAUCGCACUAAAAAGAAAGAUGCGGCUGAGUUUGCAGCUCAAGGGGUAAUUUGGUACUUAAAGCAAGUCGGGUAUUUACAAAAUUAGGAUCCGGUAUUUUUCUAUUUUGAUCAAUGUAUGCAUAUAUAUAAAACUGGAUGUAGUGUAGUGGUAGUUAUGACUUGUGUGAGGCAAAGGGUAUACAUAUAGUAUAGAGCCCUGUAUACACACGCACAAAGUCGAGUGUUCCAUUUAUGAAGCUGUAUGCCUAAUCUUCAUACAAUUAUGAAUGAUGUGAUGUGUUGUCUUCCUUCUUGUGUAUUGAAAGAAGUAGUUAAAAAGAGUUUUUGGUGAAA